CGCGAUCCACAAUAAUUAAGCUGCGCGCCAGUCGCCACCGACGAGCUUCUCUUAUCCGGAGAGAGAGACAGACGCUGCCUGGUUCAGAGAUCACUAGCCGCUCGAUUCGACCAGCCAUUGCAGCCGCAGGCAGCCUGCUCGACCGAGGUAGCUAGCCGUGCCGCAAUGGCCGCGACUUCCGGCGACGCCGCCGCCUGCUCGGCCUACCCGUGGCCGACCGACGGAGCGCAGCGCGGGCGCAAGGUGUUCAUGCAGAGCGACUGCGCCGCGUGCCACUCCAUGCUCCCCUACGCCGGGCUCAGCGACGACGCGGCGCGGGCGGCAGCGGCGGCGCAGCCCAAGGCGGCGGAGAUCGUCGUCGUGAAGGAGGCGCAGCCGGCGGCGACCGUCAACGGCGGCGCGUGCUCGCCGGACCUCGCCCUCAUCACCAAGCAGGGGCUGCGCGGCAACCUCUACGCCGGCGGCGGUGGCGCCGCCGCGGCGCCGACGAUGCUAGCCGGCGCCGCCGCCGUGUGCCAGGAGCUGAAGAAGCGGGCGCUGGCUGGCCCUGCCUGGCUGUAGCUUCUGCUGCCUCCAAGCUUCAGA